GUGGGUUUGAUCAUCUACCAUGCUCACUCCCAAGCAGGGAGGAGUGCCGAAACGCACCUUGCAUCUUCAGCUUCCACAAUUUGCCUUCUUGCAUUCCUCAGGGAGGACGAAAUACACUCUUCUGUUUGCAGCAAACAGCUCAGGGUGCUGCAGAUCAACAAAUCCCACCAAUAUCCCACACUGCCAACAUGAAAUCGCUUUCGAUCGUUACCUUUUGCUUCUUGGUUAUUUUGGAACCGGCUAACUGUCAAAUAGCUACAGGACCGCUUCAGCCUUGGAUGAGAGGGACCAUAGCAGUUACUGUCUUCCUGAUUUUGGCGUUCAUUGCCUUUAUCAUGAAUAGGAUAUGGUGCCAAAAUAAGCAUGAUUCCUCAGAGAGGAGAAACAUGGGAGUCAACAAAGAAGAGGCAGUUAUUUCCAAUGGAACAGAAGGAAGGUAUUCAGCAACUGCAUCAAAUUUUAGGUGUGAAGAAGGCCCACAUGUCUAUGAAAAUGAAGUUGAGCUUGAGUGUGAGAACCCAGCUGCACAUCAUGGUGGAAAAAACCUUGAAGUUCUUACCACUUGCAUGUAAUUUCACCAUCCCUGGGUAUCACUCAUCUCUCAAUCUUUUUUUU